AUGCCGUACAGGGUCGCUAGACGCACGCUGCCGUUAGUCUCAUAUGUUCCCCCUCGUCGGCCGCUCUUUCCCACGUCAUACCGCUUUCCUCGUCGCACGCAAUUUCCCUCAUCUCCCUCGCCCACCCUCGCCGCCCUCGCCUCUGCUUGUCGCCCGCGUUUCCCGUCGUCGCCCUUGCUUCCCCGUCACCCGUGCUUCCCGUCGUCGCCCUUUCUUCCCCGUCACCCGUGCUUCCCGUCGUCGCCCUUGCUCUCCCGUCACCCGCGCUUCCCGUCAUCGCCCUUGCUUCCCCGUCACCCGCGCUUCUUCUCAUCUCUCGCUCUCCUCCUCAACGUCUUCGUUUUCCUCGUCGCCAUAACGCCCUCGCUUCUGCCCGGACUGAAUGAGAGACACAGAGGGGAUAGGACAGAAGGGUAUGCAGAUGUUCUUUUCCCCCACGCGCUUCCCCUCAUCGCCCUCACUUCCCCCAAAUUAUUGCCCCCUGUCUCUGUUUUUCCCAACCACCCGUUCUCCCACCAGCCCUGCUUCCCCCUUUGCCCUGAUUCCUUCCACCCUCUGCCCUGCUCCCCCCCAUCCCGUUCCUUGCUUCCCCCCACCCUUUGCCCUGCUCCCCCCCAUCCCCUUCCCUGCUCCCCCCCACCCUCUGCCCUGCUUCCCCUCAUCCCAUUCCCUGCUUCUCCCCACCCCCUGCCCUGCUUCUCCCCAUCCCCUUCCCUGCUUCCCCCCAUCCCCUUCCCUGCUUCUCCCCAUCCCCUUCCCUGCUUCCCCCCAUCCCCUUCCUUGCUUCCCCCCAUCCCCUUCCCUGCUUCCCCCCAUCCCCUUCCCUGCUCCCCCCCAUCCCCUUCCUUGCUUCUCCCCAUCCGCUUCCCUACUUCCCCCCAUCCCCUUCCCUGCUUCCCCCUACCCUCUGCCCUGCUCCCCCCCAUCCCCCUCCCUGCUUCCCCCCAUCCCGUUCCCUGCUUCUCCCCAUACCCUUCCCUGCUUCCCCCCAUCCCGUUCCCUGCUUCCCCCCAUCCCCUUCCCUGUCUCCGUGUGUGCCCGGAAGGUGCACGUGCUGCCUUGUGCCUGCCGCUUGCUGUCCACGCCUUCCAUCCCACCUCUCCCAAACCACGUCUUUUUCUAUAUGUGCCUCCCCUGCUGGCCAAUACCCUCUGCUGA